UUUUCUUUCCUUUUCUUCUUCUUUUCUUCUUCUUUUCUUCUUCUUUUUUUCUUCUUUUUUUCUUCUUUUUUUCUUCUUUUUUUCUUCCCUCCCCCCCGUCUACUCCACCCCCUUUUGGGUCCAUCACCUUCAGUCCAACGGCUUUGAGAGCUCUGCAAAAGUGCUUCAGUACCUAGGUAGUUCAUCCUCAACACUCAAAAGUUUACCUCGACUUAACCUUUGGAGGCUUCACUGCCUAGACCGCUCAUCAAACCAGAUGAUGAUUACAUACUUUGCACCAUUUAUCAUCCAGUGUUUACAGAAACAACACCAUCACACGCGGCCAAAAAUGCUGGACUUGAUAGAUCUUUUCAAGACUAGAAAAGAAGAAGAAAAAAAGAGAGAAAGAGAAAAAGAAAAAAAAGAAAGCGGCUAAUAAGUAGCCGAGUAGUGAUAAGACGGCUCGGGCCAUAUCACACCACGUUGUUUAUGCCGGCAGUGCGACAUUCUAGGUAGUUGUGUUUUUCCGUCCAUACACGAGCUUUCCCAAACGGUGGGCUUUCUGCCGAAUGGGAUAGGGAUCGACGACGAACCUUCUGCAUCCCUACCUACCUUGCCUACCUUGAUUGUUACACGACAGUGACAACGGUGGUUCUUGUGUCGAUAGGGUUCAUCCGGCUGGCCGGGUAGAAUGCAGGUAGGUAUGGGAUGAGGGGUUAGGAUAUGGAAGUGACGGGUGAAGGAGGUCAGGGCAGUUUUAUAUCGUCCGUCCGUCCGUUCCGUCCCCGCGAAUUUUUUUUUUUGUCUCGCUCUUGUCGGGGAUUGUUCUCUGUGAUGUGAUCAAAAAGUCAUCCACGGCAGCGUCACCAUGCAUCAUCACGAGCGGAGCAGAAUGGGACGCCCCUGGUCCCGCAAAGUCACCAUCAGAGAUGACACCGUCACUUCCGCCGCCCACCUCACCCUUCGACAAUCCCUCCUCCCCAACCUGCUCGUCACGACCCUGUUCUUCCUCUGGGGCUUCGCCUACGGCCUCCUCGACGUCCUAAACUCCCACUUCCAGCACCACCUCUCCAUCACGCCCACGCUCUCCGCCCUCCUGUCCACUGCCUACUUCGGAGCCUACUUCCUCCUCCCCCCCACCCUCUCCUCCUUCAUCCUCCGCUCCUACGGCUUCCGCGUCACCUUCAUGACCGGCCUGGCAAUCUUCUCCAUCGGCUGCCUCCUCUUCUGGCCCUCGGGUGUCUACUCCUCCUUUGGCGGCUUCUGCGGCAGCAUGUUCGUUGUCGGGGCUGGGCUCGCCACCUUGGAGACGGCCGCCGAUCCCUUUCUUUCCAUCUGCGGCCCCCCGCGAUACUCGGAGAUACGCCUCAACCUGGCGCAAGCAGUUCAAGGGGUUGGCUCCUUCGUCGCGCCGUUGCUGGCGUCAAGGGUGUUUUUCGGAAAGGGACUCGAAGAACAGGGGGGGGAGGGGCUGAAGAACGUUCAAUGGGUCUAUCUCGGGGUGGCGGGGUUCGACGUGUUGUUGGUCGCGUUGUUUUGGGUGGUGCCCAUGGUGGAGGUGACGGAUGCGGAUAUGGGGUUGCAGGAGAGUCAGAUUGACGGACCGAGAGAGGUGGGACCUUUCAGGAGACAGUACAACCUCUUCCUUGCCGUCUGGAGCCAGUUCUGUUAUGUCGGGGCGCAGGUCGCUGUUGCGAACUACUUUAUCAACUUUUGCGAGGAAGCCGGUCGGGAUAGGGCUACUUCUUCUGACCUCCUGGCUGUGGGCCAAGGACUGUACGCCUUCAACCGGUUCGUGGCGGGCGGGUUGCUCACUAUUCCUGCGUUCAAGCCGAGGUAUAUGCUUGCUGCUUAUCUCGGACUAUGCUUCGUCUUUGUCACGGCGGCGAUGAACACCGCCGGAGCGACAUCAAUCGCGAUGUUGAUGCUCGUUUUGUGUUUCGAGUCUUGCUGUUUUGCAACUAUAUUCACUCUCGGGCUGAGAGGGUUGGGGAGACACACCAAGAUGGGGGGAUCGUUGCUUGUGGCUGCUAUUUCGGGGGGCAUGGUCUUUCCGCCCAUGAUGGGGGCGGUGGUGAGCGCGAGGGAUGCGCAUACUGCGAUGGCGAUCCCGAUGAUGGGGUAUAUUUUGGCUUUUGUGUAUCCGGUGUACGUCAAUAUCUGGAAGAAGGAUGUGAUGGAUAGCCAUCGUGAGACGACGGUCGGUAUUGAGAAGCCGGCUGUUGGUGAGAAGGCGUUGCAACUAGAGGAGCAACGUUCAAAGACGGCAGAAGGAGCAUGCUGAGGAGGGACCGGACAUCCGGGUGGUGUCAAAGUAGAAGACGACCUGUUCCAUUGUGCUAUGUGGCUAGAUAACUCCUCCUCUGCUUUUGUACCUCCAGUUUGAGCCCGAAACGGCUUUCGUAACCGGCCACUCCAUCACGGCUUGGCCGGUGAGCUUUUUGCUAACCUCUGCUUUAUUUUCCUUCAUGUCACACUGGCUACCUUCCGGCCUUUUCUUUUUUGUGUUGUCUGCGGUACUCAUUUGUUUUGUUUGUCUACCGGGUGGUACCCAGAAGCCAUCUCCCACCGACCUUGUAAGCCUCCCUCCAUGGCUACAUCAAAAUAAGAAACGGGGAGUGGCUUGCACAAGCACAACGCUUCCCCGCCUUUGGCUUGGUCUACCCCGCCCGCCCUUUCCCUCCCGGCUUUUGCUCAGGACCACCCCUGACCUGAGAGAUCGAGAUCGAAAGAUCCGGGACAAGGUUUCACAGUCGCAUGUUUUGUGGGGCAACACAUCGACGAGAAAAACUGGAUCACGAAAUCAGAAGCUGGCACUUAUCAAUUCAUUCCUACCGCUACUUCCUACUCGCCUGCUUGAUCAAGCAAACUUUCGUAGUAGAGGCAUAUUUCUCAUUUUUCAUCAGUAUAACUCUUCUCCCACCCUCCCUUUCUCAAACCCCACACUCUCGCUCGAUACCGCGAAGUUGAACAUCCAGGAGGGUAGGUUUCGUAAAUCUCGAGUCUCGAUUUGUUGUCCAGAAGCAAGUAGCAAAGAAACAAGCUGGACACGAGGCGGAAAAAGUACACAACUCUACGCUGUGCUUUUCCCCUCCGUCAUCCUCAUAUCCCCGAGACUGGUUCAGCACUAAUCUCGUCUACUGCUCCCUCUCCAGCGCCUCAAGCUCCUUCAUGACAGAUGGCUUGGUAGCAAUCUUCUUCACCUGCGUAUCCUCCAGUUUCUCACCACCAGCAUGUCUCAUCUCCAGGUCCUCGAUGGCCCGGAUCUUCUUCUGCAAGCUGCGAAUCUUCUUGGCGUUGGCGCUUUGGGCAGGCGUCAUAGCACCGUCACCGCCGCCGAGAGGGGAACCUCCUUGAGGCUGCUGCUGCUGCUGCUGCUGCGCCGACUGUCCAAAGUGGCCGGGUCGGCUCUGGGAGCGGGCACGGUGCGUGUUGCUACGGUUGCGACCGUUGAAGUUGUUGCGAGACUGGCUGCGGUGCUGGGAGCUGUGGCCCUGACCCUGGUUACGGCGUUCGGGGCUGCGGCCCUCAGCAGGGGAGCCGUUGCCAUAUUCUCGGGGUGGAGGCGCAAGGCCACCCUCGGAACCGGGAGCAUCCGUGGCAUUGCCCUCGCCCUCCUUGGCCUUCUUGUUCCUCUUCUUCUUGUUCUUGGCCGCCGUUUUGGAAAGAUCGCCGCCGUCAGCAGCGAUGGCCCCGGGAAUGCCGGCGGGCCUUGUGAAUUCGGCACCGGGGAUUUGGUUGCGGGGGCGACCAAAACCGUUGGGCCCAAUCUGGGGCACACCGUUGCUAACCGUGUGCGCAGCCCCGCCCUCGUCCUCGCGCUUGAAGUGGAGGGGGGUGGACGAGCCACGGGCUCCAGGAGGACGGUAGGCGCCCACGGGCUUGGAAGGCGUCUUUACUGUGCCCAAAUAUUUCAGAGCAGACGGGUGGGGGGUCGGCACAGGGUGCAGCGGGUCCCCGGCCGGGAGGGCAUCCGCAGCCGCGGGACGCCACAUGACGUUGUACAGCUCGUUGAAAUCCUCGUUGUACACGAUGCCACCGCCAACGUGCCAGAGCUUGACGCCGUUGUCCACGCGAAGGCGCGGCGAGGUGGUGGCCGUCAUGAUGUAGCGACUGUCGGGACUCCAUUGGCAGACGCUGGGGUUGCCACUCUCAAUCGUCGUGACCUUGCGGUUGUCCUUCUCGAGAUCGUACACAUCGAUCUGGCCAGCCAAGUUGCCGAAGCCGGCAACGAGAGCAAAGCGGCCGGUGGGCGAGAAGAUGAUGGUGUUGCGCGGUCCCAGAGGGAAGGAGUGGGUAGGCACAGCCCGGUGGUUGAAGAUGGUGGUCUUGGCGGGCAUGUAGCCGUAGACGACACCAAACUCCUUGGAGUUGGGCGACCACGACACAUCAUGGAUAGGGCCUUCCUUGUCCAGGGUGAUCCUGGCAUCAAAAGAGCCGUUGGCACUCAGGAGAUACAUGUUGGUCUCUCCGUAGUAGCUCUUGUUGGACUUGUCCACCUCUGUUUGUGCCAGCACAAUCAGGUUGGUGCCCAGCGCGUUCCACUUGAGCUGGACCUUGUCGCCCUUGAAAAAUGUCUUUUGCGAGAUCGGGCUGCUGAACUGGGGGACGU